AUGCCGUUACCAUCAUCAUUUGCCCUCUGUCCUCCCGGGCUGGAAUAUUUAUCCCACCUUGAUUGGUUGUUAAUCCACCAGAAAUAUGAAAUCCUGGAAAUCCUCACGACUUUCGAAACAGCCAACAAGUACGAAGUGAGAAACAGGCUGGGGGAAAUGGUGUAUUUCGCCACCGAAGAGAACAACUGCCUCGUGAGGAAUUGCCUUGGGACCUUGAGGCCUUUCACCAUGGUGAUCUCCAACCACGUGGGGCAACAGGUCAUCCAACUCGCGCGCCCUUUCCGUUGCGACGGCUGCUGCUGCCCGUGCUGCCUGCAAGAAUUGGAAGUCCAGGCCCCACCGGGCUUACCCAUCGGCUACAUCCAGCAGCUGUGGCACCCCUUCCUGCCCAAAUUUGUCCUCCAAAACGAAGCCCACCAAGAUGUCCUGAAAAUCAUUGGACCUUGCAUUACGUCCACCUGCUUUGGCAAUGUGGUAUUUGAGGUGAAGUCGCUGGAUGAACAGACCAGAGUUGGGGAGAUUUCUAAGCAAUGGGGAGGUGUCCUCCAGGAGUUCUUCACGGAUGUGGAUUUUCUUGGAAUCUCCUUCCCUCUUGAUCUUGACGUUAAAAUGAAAGCAGUGAUGCUCGCGGCUGGUUUCCUCCUUGAUUUCAUUUACUUUGAAGGAGGGGGGGGGAGGGGGAGGAAGAUGUUGUGUUUGGUUUUAAAAGCUGACUGUCCCUGCACUAUAAAACCUUUAGAGAAAGUCCUUGUGCUUUUCUAG